AUGCCAUAUCUGACGGCAAAUAACUCAUUUCCUAGUUUUAGUUACUUGAAACCAUCCUAUGGAAGGAGAGAUGGUGAAGAACCACAAAUGCAAGAGAAUCAGACAACCAUAACUCUGACUCCAAUAGAAGUUUUGGACCAGUAUGCAUUUUUCACGAGCCCUUUAACUACCAAAGAAAAAAAUAAAAUUAAAGAUAUUGGUUUUGAAACAGCAGGGGAGACUAUACAUAUGAUCAUCCGUGGCAUGGGACCAUUAGAACAUCGGUCUACUAGACAGCCAUUUGGAGGAGGCCUGGAACAGCAUAUCAGAACUACCACAGAAAGAAAUCAUAUUCAUUUGAUAUCUACCAAAGCGCCGCCAUUUGAUACUGAGGACCAAACUCAUAAAAAUCCUGAAAAAUUUGAUUCACCAAUGGAUGAUACUUCAAGAGCAUUCAAAAAUAAACUUAGGCUGGGUCCCUUAUAA